AUGAGUGGUGGCAGCCCGAGUGGCUACCCCCCCAUGGCUCUUGGACAGCAGCAGCGGCUCAACAAUCAGCAACACGAACCAUCGCCCCAACAACUUUACCUUCCACCUCAACAGCAGCAGGAACAGCACUUCGCUGCUUAUCAAAUGGACCCUCCUGCAUACGGUCAACACACGUACGGCUACAUGACCGGUGCAGGGGUUGGUCACAGUGCGCCUUCCCCCCCCGUCUACCAUGCACAGCCUCCAGCCUAUCCCGGGCCCUACCCCUCGCACCCUUACGGCAACCGGACUGGGACAAUGCACGACGGAAACGUCAGCGGCAAUAGCGCGCACGCGCACUACCCCACUCCGUACCACCACGGGCGGGAGCACGGGGAGGGAGGAGGAGGGAAAGGAGAAGAGGGGUCCCUGUCCCUGUCAGCGGCCGCCAUGCAACAAUUUUAUCUCCAGCAGCAGCAAGCAGCCGCAGCAGCAGCAGGUAUAGGACCGCAGAGCUCAGGCGUUGACGCUGUAGCUUGGUACGCAUUGGCACAGGCCCACCACCAGCACCUGCAGCAGCAGCAGCAGCAGCAGCAACAACAUCGUGAUCAUAAUCACCAGGCCUUGCCUGUACAACAACAUCAUCACCAUCAUCACCAACAGCAGCAGCAGCAACAACAACAACAACAACAACAACAACAACAACAACAACAACAACAACAACAACAACAACAGCAACAACAACAACAACACCCUCAACACCACCAGGCCUUUGCGUCCCACCUGACUGGGGAUGGAAGAAAAAGAGGAGGAGAAGGAGCGGACGUUCAGGCGCAAUUACCCGAGUUGCAAUUUCAAGCGGAAGUCAGCGGUAAAUCCCACGUAUCACAAGAACCUAACCGCAAAAAAGUGCGCGAACGUUCCGCUCCGUCCAAGCGAAAAGCUGCCGGAGAAAAAGGAGGAAGGGGGGGGGGGAGGAAAGGGGGCAGGCCACCGAGUCCCUCCGCGUAUUUCCCUCCCUUAAUGCCCGGUACCGCUGUCCUCCCGGUAGAUAAAGAGUCUGAAGCGGCACUGUUGGCCGAGCUGCGAGCGGAGGUAGAGCGGUUGGCCUCUCAGCGGGGAGAGGGUGGGGGGGAGGGAUACGAGGGAGAGGAAGAGGAGGAGGGAAACCGAGAGCCGGGGGAUGGGCCGAAUGACCCGACGAAGAAAAACGGCCAUGCGAACAGUGUGGAUGUGGUUGCCAAAGCCCUGAUAGAUUGGCGUGUGGAGCAAGUCUAUCCCGCGGCGGAAGGGGCGGAAGGGGUGCUGGAAGGGGGAGAGGGAGGGAGGGAAGGAGAGGGGGCAGGACAAGUGAUCUACGUGGAUGUUCACGGCCAAGUCUUUGCCUCCAAGGCGGCGGCGGUGGAGGCGUUGUUGUCGCGGGUCGUCCAGGAAGAGGAGCACCGGAAGAUGAAGGCCCGAAAGCGCGGCGAGAUGCGGCGGAAGCAGGAGGCAACCCCGGGUCGGGACGGCAGCAUGUCCUUGUCAGCAGGGCCGGAGCCAUCGCCUGCCAAGGUACCCGGAGUGCAGAGUCCAUCGUCCCCUGCAACGUCCGCCCUGCCCUUGUCCAGCACGGCCAAAGCCGUAAAGGGCCCGGCAUCGCGUCCCUCCCUCCCUCCUCUCCCUUCCAUGAAUCCCUCCGUUUUGGAGACGCUGGGGGGCACGCUUCCCCCCCUGCCCGCCCACAGCAAUACCUCCAGCACCUCCUCGAUCACGGGGGAGGCCGGGGCCUACCGACCCACUCCACUCGAAGCCGACGCGGCGGACGGAAACAAGGGGGAGGAGUUAAGGGGGGGCGGCGGCAGGGAAGACGACGAAGGGGAGGAAGGGAGUAGGGGGGAGAGAGGAAUGGUAGAUUCCACAUGUCUGUCCCCCGCUUCCCUCGCCCUGGCCCGCUCGAAGGUGUACGACGAAGCGAGGACUUUCCUUUCGUGCGCCGUCCUCAAAAUGCCCGUGCAGCUGGGUCCUGUUCGCAUUCUGUCUUUUGGUAAAAUUGAUUUUAUUCGUCCCAAGUACCAUUGUGAAACGGAAAUCUGGCCGUUGGGGUUCAAAGCCGCGCGCGUGGAGAUGAGUCAUGUUUUGCGGCAGCUUCUUGUUCUCUUCUUCGAAAUUACCGAGGGAGGGGACAAAGGUCCGAAUUUUAAGGUGAUUCUAGAACUUUCCAAACCGCUCUCUGGUGGAGGAGGGGGUGGGGGAGGAGGGGAGGGAGGAAGUGACGGAGGGGGGGGAGGAGGAGGGCGUUUUGUGUUUCAUGCACGCAAUGCGAGGAAGGCGUGGGGCGACGCCUUGGACAAGCUUUGUCUGCUUGAAAAACAUGAAUUGGCCCGACGCAGGGCCAGGAAAAAGCGGCGUCUCGCUGUUUGCGAAGACAAAGUGAAGGAAGAAGAAAGGGAGGAUGACGGGAGGAAAGCUCUCGUGGCAUGCGACCCGGAGGAGGAAGAAGCGCGGCGUGCCCUGGGGAAACUGUACCGAGAGAAAGUGUUGCUGGAGAAAGAAGUCCUGAAAGAACGGUGCGAGCUCUUGGCCCAGUUGGAGGCCGACGCUAGGACGGAAGCGUACACGUGGUUGAGUCAAAGCACAUCCACUGCAUUGGCUUUGCCGGUGCCGCCCUUACGCUUGCGCACAGGCGCCAAGCGGGGGAAGCCCGAGAACGGACAGACAGAGGGGGAGGGUGGGGUGGAGGACGGGAGGGAGGACGCGUCCGUCAGGCCCUGGGUGGAUUAUCGAUCCUUCUUCACCGACAGCAUUCGCCGUUUGAUCGAAGGUUUGCCGGGGGCGGAUAAAUGCAAAUUGUACGAAUUUGUGGACCUGCGCCGCCCUGCUUUCGGACAGGGCGGCCACAGGGAAGGGAAGGGAGGGCUGGGAGGAGGGAGAGACCCCUUGUCCGACUUGGUACCGGCGUCGGAGGGGGUGAAGGCCCUUGCAGCCGCGUCUUUUGGGCUGGAAUCCUCAGCAGGGGUUGUCAAUGAGACCGUAGUCUUGGCGCGGGCCAAGGCGGCGGCGGCCGCGUGGGCAGCCGCAGCGGCGAGGGAGAUGGAGCGGGAGGAGCUGAUCCGCCUCCGUUGCGAAGAAGUCCGGCAGCGGGAGGAGGAGAGGCGGCAGAACAAACUCAUGGAGAAAGAGGAGAAGAAACGCAGCAAGGAGGAGCAGCGUUGGGAGAAGCGGAUGCGUCAAGUGGAGAGGAAGCGUCGGAAGGAACGGAUCAAGGAGCUGGAGCGGGAGCUGAAACGUUUGCGAAUCCGGAUGGACAACGACAUUCAACGCCGCCGGGCGGCAGCACGACAGUUGGUCCAAGUUGGGGCCGACGCUCCGGCGGGUAUGGUGGCCGUGCCUCAGCUUGCUCAUGAAUCCUUGAUAGACGACGCGCACUUGGAAGAGACGGAGAAAGCGUUGCCCCUGCCCCCAUCGUCUACACCCUCCUCGAAUUCGCGCUUUUCGUCCGCCAACAACCUCCUUUCCUCUCGGACCAUGGCGGACGUCCUCCAAGUCUGGGAUGUGGGCUACACGCUCGCGGGGAAGAUGGGGAUGUCAGAGUGGCCCUCCCUCUCCCUCUUCUUGAAAGCCUUGGAUGCCGCAGAAGCCUGCAAAGACCGUCAUCCCACGCCCCGGGAAGAACGACGGAUGCGCGUCCUUUCCGAAGUGGCACAACGCCUCACCGGCGUUCUCCUCCCCGACAUCGUGCAGACCUUGAUGUAUUCCUCUCCUAGCCAGGGAGGAAGCGGGGCAGGGAGCGGGGCAGGCAUCGACCCAGAUCCGACGCUGCCGUUGAACGAAAUGACAUGGCCGGAGUUGGCCCGGUGGGCCUUUAUGGCGCAAGCCUACCGUGUCAUGCAGUUACCGGUGGAUUUGGCAUAUGCAUUGCGUGGUCGCGGUGUAGAUUUCCAAA